CUAAUAAAUUAACGCAGCCAUUGCUUUCUCUCUCCCUCUGGUAUUCAGAAAAAUUAGAGCAAAACCGUGAGCUUUUCUCUCUCUUCCUGGCUCUGCACCAUUCCUCAACCUUGACUGCUCUAAAUCUCCCCGGAUAUUUUGCUUUGCUUUCUUUGCAUCCUUUUCUGGAUGGUUACUUUCUGGGAAAUGAAACAGUCGUUAGUACUUUUUCUCAUGCAAAUACAUUUUUAUCUAUUUCCCAUUUGAAAAUGAGAGUACCUUUUGCCUUUUUUUGGCAAUAGCAGCAGGAGUAGAAACCCAGUGGUGAAGAGAGAUAGGAGUAGGGGAUAAAGCAGAAGGAAAAUGAUAGGUUCAGGGAUAAAUUUGGUGAUGACAGUGAUAGGAUUUGCUGUGAGUACUACGUUUAUAGUUUUCAUCUGCACACGUCUAAUUUGCGCUCGGAUUCAGCUCAACUUAUCGAGACGCUCAUUUCCUAUUACUUCCAGAUCUGAUCUUAGCAUUCUGGAACGAGGAUUACAUGGCCUUGAGCCUGUGGUUGUAGCCAACUUUCCAUUGAAGAAGUAUGGAGAUGAACUUUUCUUGGCUUCAGAAGAUGCGCAAUGCCCGGUUUGCCUUACAGAAUACCGCCAUGAAGAUAUCGUGCGCAUACUCCCAUAUUGUGGGCACUUCUUCCAUAUGACCUGCAUAGACAUAUGGUUGCUACAGCAUUCUACUUGCCCUGUUUGUCGAAUAUCAUUGCGAGAAUGUCCUGAUAAAAAGCGAAUGAUGCAACCCUUGUUCAGCUCAGCUAUCCGCUCUCCAUAUGCCAUGCAGUCCUUCGAUACCCAUGCUUGCAACUGCUUGUUGGCUGGGCAUGGGCGGACUCAUGACAGUCGUGCGAUGGGCUCCGUUCGAGAGAGUUUCUGUGCACCUGAAGGCCCUGAAGCAGCAAGAGGGGAAAAUAUUUACCCCAGAACUGAGGGAAAUCAGACAGGAACAGCCUCUCUACAAAACAAGGGUAAGAUUACGGAUACUAAUCCUUUUCAGAGCACACAAGUGUGGAGUGCUUCUUAUACCGGAUCACCCUUAACUGAGAGUAAUCAGAUUGUAAACGACUCUGGAAACAAGCAUGUAGAAAGCACAUCGAACAUCUAAAUCCUAAAGCUUGUGAAUCAAAGCUGGCAUUCAUUGACA